AUGUGUAUUGUGCAGCACACUGGUCAACAUGUCAAUGUGUUUGAUAAUGCUACUGACCGUGGGAGAAUUAAAGAUCUGUUUAUUCCAGAAUACCGCAGGACGACGCUUUUGGUUUGGUGUAUCUGGUUUUUCAGUGCUUUUUUAUAUUAUGGUCUUGUGCUGCUGACCACUGAGCUGUUUCAGGCAGGAUCUGCAUGUGGUGUCACUGAAAACUCAAACAUAGAGCAUCAGUGCAGUUUGAUGUGCCAACAUCUGACUAUAGAUGAUUAUUUGGACCUCCUAUGGACCACCUUUGCUGAAUUUCCAGGUCUUCUGGUAGCACUAUGGAUGGUUAAUCGAAUUAGCCGGAGAAAAAGCAUGGUGAUUUGUUUUUCACUGUUCACUGUGUGUAUUUUACCACUAUACGCCUGCACACACAGAAUAGUUCUCACAGUCUUUAUUUUCAUUGCUCGAACCAGCAUCAAUGCAGGCUGGCAGAUUGCAUAUGUUUAUACACCUGAGGUUUUCCCUACAGCGACCCGGGCAAUUGGCAUUGGUACAAGCAGCGGGAUGUCUCGUGUUGGAGCUCUCGUCACACCAUUUAUCGCUCAGGUCCUUCUGAAGUCAUCGGUAUACCUGACUCUGUCUGUGUAUUUAAUAUUUGGCUUGCUGGGCACAGCAGCAUGCUGGGCUUUACCCAUGGAAACAGAAGGUCGGAGCCUACAGGAAUCAACACAGAGCUCCAUGGAACAAAAACACACAGAAAAAACGCACGACUCUGAGCCUGCCGAAUCAUCCAGAAACGCAGCACAUGGAGAAUAAGCAGACGCAGACAGAAAACUGAAAAUAUGACAGGAUUACUAAAACUAAGUGAUCUUGCCGUUCUAAAAAAACUACUCAACAUAUUACAAUACUUAGGUUCAUUGAUCCAUAUUAAGUUUUUUGUUUCUUGUUACAAUAACCCUCUGGAUUUGUUUGUUCAUUUUUGGUAGAAGAAAAGAAAGUAAUGUUUAAACAUCACUACUUCACUGGAAGGCUACAAAACUGUUUCAUUUAACUUACUUUUUGGUGUCGCUGUGCUUCAUAUAACUUAAUUAUUGAAAAAGCACAAAUGGCCAUAAAAAAACUUUUGUAAUGACAACUUAUUUUAUAAAUCAGCCAAGAGCACACAACAUUGAAGUAGUUGACUCUAUAAAACAUCAAGAGUUUGCCAUAAAUGCACACACACACGCAAACUGAGAGAGUUUGAGACUCGUUUACCAGAAUGUUGAGCCUGAAGACCCUUCUAAGAGGAUAAAAUCACACCAUAACAACAGGAAUUCACUUCUAAUCAGGCAUCCCUGCUCAUUUUUGUUGAAUUCUGACGUUUGAGUUAGAUUAUGGUGAACAGUUUAUUGUAUAUACUGUAAAUAUAAAUGUGUUCGUGAAAUUAUCAGUUUUUCUAUUCAUGAGCAGUUUUGGAAUAUUUUAAUUAUUAUUAAUUCCUUAUUUUAGCCAGGAGAUGACAUUGAGACAGUACUCUCUCUUCUUUCAGUGAAACCUGGUCAAGACGGCAGCACAAAAUUUCACACAAAAAAAAUCACAGAAAACCCCAAAAAAUUACAAAAUCAGCAUUCAUAAAAAACAGAUCAUAAAAAAUAAUUAGGUAUCCUUUAAGACGUUAUACAGAAGGUGUUUAAAGGAGUCAGAAGUGUGUCAAGAUUAAGCAGAUUUUGCAAAUCAAUCCAAGCCUUAGCAUAAAAGGAAAAGGCACAUUUGCCAAGUUCUGACAAUACCCUUGGCACUAUUAAACGAAUACAGGAACCAAAUCUAGUGUGUUGGUUAUUGAUGUAAAAUGUUAGCAAAUUAGAAAGAUAGGAUAGUAUUUACCUAAGAGAACCUUUAAAGCAAAGUCUCUUUAAGGCAAGUCAUUUCACACGGCAGCCAUCUUUGAAACGCCUUUUGGGCAGUAUGCUCGGGUAUUCUGUCUGAACGGGGAAACAUAAAAUUCUACAAAAAUACUUGCCAAGCUUGUGAUUACACGUUAUAUUACGAAUAAUCAGUUAAAUUAAACAACAACUGUCUAUUUAGUUUCAUUUCUAAAUGUUCGUAUCACACAAAAU